CACUAGUAGCGACCGUGGUGUCUAAGGUUUUGCCAAUUCGGUGCUGCUCCGAAUAUUAUUGUUAGUGAACGCGCGGGUAAAUGCCAAAAUUGCUGUGAACAUUGUAGUUUUUUGCGCUCGUCCGUGUUGUAGUGUUGUUGUUUUGUUGUGAAAGAGAAAAGUUGCCGUCGGCGUUGGCGAUGGCGCGAGAAUGCAUUUAUUAGAUCGAAGACUUGGAAAGUUGCGAUUGCAUUUUUCAAGAUGCGUUGCUUGUAAUAUAUUAGAAUUAUUUAUUGUGUUAUUCAAGUGUUAGUUGCUGUGAGAAAAUGAAAUCCCGGCUUUGUUUCGUCGAUAUGGCGCUGUGGUGCCUGGCUGCAUACCUGGCCUGCCACGUGCCCUGCAUCGAGAUGAGAGUCGACGACUUGGAGCAGCCGGCGGUCAAGUACAAUGAGCCGCCAGCGCCGCCGCCCGCACCAGCACCUCCGCGGCCAGAACUAAAACACGGCAAAUGUUACCACAUGCCGCGAGAGCGCUGCCCGACCACCGCUAAGUGCGCGCGAACAGACCCUGCAUCCGUCUUCUGCUGCGAUGUGGAUAGCUUCCGCCUCAAGGAGGCUCUCGCCAUUGUUAUGAUGCCGAAUACAACGAACCUGCACGUGCUGAACGCGAGCAUCGAGGAGUUGGACGUGUCGCAGGCGGUGUUCCGCCGCCUCGCCUCCAUGGCCUUCACCGACGGCAACAUCGGCAAGAUUGUUGGUCAGUUUCCAAAGUACUCGCCGAUCGCAUGCCUGAACAUCUCCAACAACAACCUGACGACGGCCAAACUGCAGCCGUCUAUCCAACGGCCGUUCGCGUACCUCUUCAACUUGACAGUUCUCGAUGCCUCCGCCAACAACCUCACAGAGUUCCCGCUCAGCCUCGUGCAGAGCAACCGCAAGAUAUCCGUCGACCUCUCCGGUAACAACUACCUGCCGUGCAAGCACUUCCAGAAGGCGAUGGAGGCGAACAACAACAACAACAGUUCGCUGGUGACAUUCCUCAAUUACAAGGAAACUUACUGCGCCCUCGACCUCGUCUUCAACUGGUUCAAGGACGUUAGAAUUGUACAGAUCGACCAUCUGCGCAUACAGACUGAGCUGAACAUCAGCUGCCGCAACAUAACGCCCGCGGGCAUCAACUGCACCUGCGUGCCGGAGCGCCUGGAGCUGCUCAGCGCCGGCGUCACCAACCUGGUGGCCGUGGACUGCUCGCGCCGCCGCCUCACGCAGCUGCCCGCCAACCUGCCGCCCAACACCGUCAAACUCAACGUCUCCUACAACAACAUAACGUCGCUGCAGGCGGUCAGCGACGACUCCACCUACGACCACCUGCGCCAGCUCAUCGUCGACUACAACGACAUCGACAACAUCGUCGAGUUAGAGGGCUCCAAGUUCAUCGACAACUUUAUGUACUUCUCCAUCAGUCACAACAAACUCAAAACGAUCCAUACAUACGUGCUGUCCAACAAGUUCGACACGACCGGCAUCUUCACCGCCUUCUCUAUCGGCGGCAACUACAUACACUGCGAUUGUAACACAGAAAAAGUUCUAAAGCCGUGGCUGCUGGAGAACUUCCGCAACAUCCCGGACUACCGCGCGCUGCAGUGCGCCGGCCGCGGCGGCCCGGUGGCGGAGCUGCGCGAGGCCGACGUGUGCCACGCGCCGCGCGACUGGACCGACUACAUCUACUACAUCAUCGCGCUGGAGGCGCUCGUGCUGGCGCUGCUCGUCGCCAAGGUCAGCUACGACUACUGGGUCUUCAAGUCCGCCGGCUACCUGCCCUGGCCCGCCAACAAGAUGCCGCGGCUGCCCUGCGACUGGCUCUGCGAGUGACGCCCCCCACCUCGCCCCACCUCGCCCCACCUCCCCACUCACUCACCACCACAUCUCACUCACUUAUCAACACUUCAUCUCACUCACUCACCUUAUCUCAUCUCCCUAACUCUCUCACCUCACCUCACCUCACUUACUCACUCACUCUCUCAAUCGUCGUGAUAAUCAUUUGACAUCUUUUUCUUAUAUUUUUAUACACAAAAGUUUUAAAAAAAAUCUAUUUUUUGAUAUUUACUAAAUCAAUUUAAAACCUUUUUAUAUAUUUGUGUAAUUAUUUCUUAUAAACGUUGAUCACAAGUCUCUCAAUGGGCUUAUUUAUGAUGAAUUUGUAUAAUCAAGCGCAAAUGCUUAUUGUGUUAUAAAGCGCCAUUUAAAGACAUCGUAGUUAGGCUUAUUUUAAUUUUAGUUAAGUUUAAUUUAAUUAAUUAUGCCAAAUAACCGGCCAGGGGAGUUUUAUUACACUCCAUUUACAAUACUUCAGCUCGGAGGUAACUUGAUAGAUAAUUUCGCAUAUAAAUUAAAAUACAUUUUCAAAAUCGAAAAGGUUGACAACUACGUAUUUAUUACAAAUGUUUGUCCUGAAAUCAGUGGUUGCCAACCUUUUUUUCCAUUCCAUUCAAUUUUUCUACUAAUUAGUAUACUUUUAGCAACUACGAACGAAUUUUAUUAAAAAAAAAAAGAAUUACAAGAUGGCGAACAACUUUAUUAUUUGAUUGGACACAAAAUCUAUCUGUUUUAAAAUAAUUUUAUAAUAAUAACUAGGCGGAACAAAGAAUCAACCACUUAUGACAAUUGCAACUUCAAAAUGUACCGAACACUGACACGACUUAACGCUAUCAGAGCCAGCGAGCGAAUGCCCGACUUUCAAAGAUGGCGGCCUUUAAAUAAUGUCGGAAAUGAUGCCACACUAAAAAUGUCUACUAUUCCUUAUAAUACAAUUAAAUGGGCUUCCACAGCUGGUGUUAUUGUAAAUGGAAGGUUAUAUUAUUUGUAAAUAAAUCUUGCUAUUUUUAUAUAAAAUGAUUUGUAUAUGAGACAUAAAUUGUUGCCAUUUUUACAUUUUGUAUAUUUUAGUUAAGAAUCUCUUAAACGUGUCUUUAUGAGGAAAAAUGCAUAAUAAUGUACAUUAUAUAAUCAAAUGAUAAUUUUAGUUUAAAAUACAUUUUUUACUCCGAAAAGACUGUAGCGAAUACGCUAAGUCAAUUUCGACCAAUUUCGAAAAUUAUUUGCAAGAAACCAACUUUAAACUAUUUUUUUAGUUAAUAAGCGUAGUUUAUAAUAUAAAAGAGGCUUAAACUUAAUAUUAAGAUAUCUGUGUUAUUUUCAAGGGGACUUUUAUAGAGUUUAGUAUAAAAAUCAUGGGGUGCCAUAUACAAUCGGCUCGCAGCUGAGUUUUAAAGCAUAUUUGUAUAUAUUGCAAUAAAGACUGUAUAUUUUGUAUGUUUAUUUUUGAUUUUGCAUAAUCGAAUAAAUUAUGAAGCAUU